UUGCUGGAAGGGAAGUGGAACAGCCAGGACACAAACCAGCUCCCAUAUGGGAUCCAGGCGCAUGCAAUGUGAGGACUUUAGCCACUACGCUAUUACACCUGGUCCCAUAGAGUGCUUUUAACAUCCAGAGAUGCUACAAUGUAGAGAUUGGAGUUUGUCUUUUAUCAUCCCUCAAGUUAAAGGGUACAAAUUAUCAGUGGAAUAGAAAUGAGUCAUGAUGAAACUGUUAUCUCUUGCAGUCUUGCCAUCUUUUGAGACCGAGACAUGAGUUGGAUGUUCCUCAGAGACCUUCUAAGCAGAGUAAAUAAGUACUCAACUGGGAUUGGGAGGAUAUGGCUGGCUGUUGUGUUCAUCUUCCGUUUACUGGUCUACAUAGUAGCAGCAGAGCAUGUCUGGAAAGAUGAACAAAAAGAAUUUGAAUGCAACAUUAGACAGCCCGGUUGUGAAACGUGUUUUGACCACUUCUUCCCCAUACCCCAGGUUAGACUUUGGGCCUUACAGCUGAUCAUGGUUUCCACACCUUCUCUUCUGGUAGUUCUACAUGUAUCCUAUCAUGAGGGGAGAGGAAAAAAGCACAAAAAGAAACUCUUGAGUCCAGGUACAAUGAAUGGGGGCCUAUGGUACACUUACGUCACCCUCAUUGUUAAAACUGGUUUUGAAAUUGGCUUCCUCGUUUUAUUUUAUAAGCUCUAUGAUGGCUUGGAGUGUGAUUUGAAGCCUUGUCCUAACACUGUAGACUGUUUCAUCUCUAAACCCACUGAGAAAACCAUCUUCAUCCUCUUUUUGAUCGUCACUUCAUGCUUGUGCAUUGUGUUGAAUUUCAUUGAACUGAGCUUUUUGGUUCUUGAGUGCUUCAUUAAGGGCUAUAUCAAAAAUAUCUUAAAAUCCUUAAGUCCUCAGUGUGUGAAUGUCAUAACUUCAAAUACGGUGCAUGUAGUGAGAUGGCAGCCCCUGCUCUACUCCAGAAUCAGCAGUUAGGCUUUGUGACAAGCACACUUCGACAACCCGAAGCAAAGCUAUUUUGUGACACACAAGAGGGUUAAACACAGAAACUAUGCAUCUAUCUGAAACAAAGAUCUUAACUGGAUCAGAGAAAUAAGUGGUAUUAGACUUAAUAUCUUUUGGGAGAAACAUCUUUCAAGUUUCACUAUGCUCUCAGUUGUGAAUAGUAGACCAACAUUUCACUUUUUC